GCGCCUCCGGAGUCCGCCUGGCAGCGCGGUGCGCAGGCGCCGCAGGGGCUGCUCGCCGAAGCGGCCAUGGACGCCUUGGAGUCGUUGUUAGACGAGGUGGCCCUGGAGGGGCUGGACGGCCUGUGUCUGCCCGCGCUGUGGAGCCGUCUGGAGACGCGCGUGCCACCAUUCCCGCUGCCGUUGGAGCCCUGCACGCAGGAGUUUCUGUGGCAGGCCCUUGCCACGCACCCGGGAAUCAGCUUCUAUGAGGAGCCUCGGGAGCGACCCGACCUCCAGCUGCAGGAUCGGUAUGAAGAAAUUGACUUGGAAACUGGAAUCUUGGAGUCCCGGCGGGACCCUGUGCCACUGGAGGAUGUCUACCCCAUUCACAUGAUCCUGGAGAACAAAGAUGGCAUCCAGGGCUCGUGCCGCUACUUCAAGGAGAGGAAGAACAUCACCAACGACAUCAGGACCAAGGCUUUGCAGCCCCGCUGCACCAUGGUGGAAGCCUUUGACAGGUGGGGGAAGAAGCUGAUCAUCGUUGCCUCCCAGGCCAUGCGUUACCGGGCCCUGAUAGGCCAGGAGGGGGAUCCUGACCUGAAGCUCCCUGACUUCUCCUACUGCAUCCUGGAGCGCCUGGGCCGGUCCAGGUGGCAGGGGGAGCUGCAGCGUGACCUCCACAGCAGUGCUUUCAAGGUGGAUGCUGGGAAGCUGCACUAUCACAGGAAGAUCCUGAACAAGAACGGGCUCAUCACAAUGCAGUCCCACGUGAUCCGGCUGCCCACCGGGGCCCAGCAGCACUCCAUCCUGCUCCUGCUCAACCGCUUUCAUGUGGACAGGAGGAGCAAAUACGACAUCCUCAUGGAGAAGCUCUCUAUGGUGCUGAGUGCACGGAGUAACCGCAUCGAGACACUGGGCAGGCUGAGGGAGGAACUGGGACUGUGUGAAAGGACAUUCAAGCGCCUGUACCAGUACAUGCUGAACGCCGGACUCGCCAAGGUCGUGUCCCUUCGCUUGCAGGAGAUUCACCCUGAGUGUGGACCCUGUAAGACCAAGAAAGGGACUGACGUCAUGGUCCGGUGCCUCAAGCUGCUGAAGGAGUUUAAACGGAAGAUGGACGAUGACCAGGACGACGACGAGGAUGAGGAGGUCAUCUCCAAGGGCGUGCCUCCCGUGGAUAUCGUGUAUGAACGGGACAUGCUCACGCAGACCUACGAGCUCAUUGAGCGCAGAGGCACGAAAGGAAUCUCCCAGGCUGAGAUCCGUGUGGCCAUGAACGUGGGGAAACUGGAAGCGAGAAUGCUGUGUCGGCUCCUUCAAAGGUUCAAGGUUGUCAAGGGAUUCAUGGAGGACGAAGGCCGCCAACGGACCACCAAGUACAUCUCCUGCGUAUUCGCAGAGGAGAGCGACCUGAGCCGGCAGUAUGCCCGGGAGAAGGCCCGCAGUGAGCUCCUGGCCACCGUGAGCCUGGCCUCCAUGCACGAGGAGUCGCUCCCACCUGAGGGCGAAGACACCUUCCUCUCGGAGUCAGACAGCGAGGACGAGGGUGGCGGCAAACGGAAAGGCCGAGGGUCCCAGGGCGAUGCCAGGCCUUCCAGUAGCCUCGGGCUGGGGGCACAGCCUCAUCACUCCACUCCCACCAAGGCCAGCUGGAAAGUUGUCAACUUGAACCCACUCAAGCGGCACCCAUCUGCCUUUGAGGGCUCCACCUGCGGGAGUCGUGCCAGCGCUGACAGCCUCCUGGACACCAGCAGCUCCUCCGAGCCCAGCUUGGGCUCCCACCACAUGGAGGGCGACACUGGCGACAUAGCCUUGAUCGAGGAGGUCCGGCUGGAGAACCCUAAGGAGAGCGGCGGUUCCCAGAAGGGCGGGAAGCAUGGCACCGGCCAGGACAAGCCCCAUGAAACCUACCGGCUGCUGAAACGCAGGAAUCUGAUCAUAGAGGCUGUCACCAACCUGCGCCUCAUCGAGAGCUUGUUCACGAUUCAGAAGAUGAUCAUGGAUCAGGAGAAGCAGGAAGGCGUGUCUACCAAGUGCUGUAAGAAGUCCAUCGUCCGCCUGGUGCGGAACCUGUCUGAGGAAGGGCUGCUGCGGCUGUACCGGACCACGGUUAUUCACGAUGGGAUCAAGAAGAAGGUGGAUCUGGUUGUGCACCCGUCCAUGGACCAGAACGAUCCUCUGGUGAGAAGUGCCAUCGAGCAGGUCCGCUUUCGGAUCUCCAACUCAAGCACAGCAAAUAGGAUAAAAGUGCCCCAACCCCCACCACCCCCGGAGGAGGUGGAAGAGGAAACUCCAGUGGCAGAGGUGCCCAGCUCUUCGGCAGACUCCCAGCUGAGCAGUCCCAGUAAACUAGACGGACGGGUGAAGAAGACAGACGAAAAGAUGGGCAUAACCCAACUGAAGAACUACAACCCUGUGAUCGUGCCUGGACUCGGACGCUCUAUGGGGUUUCUGCCCAAGAUGCCACGCCUGCGCGUGGUCCACAUGUUCCUGUGGUACCUGAUCUAUGGACACCCUGCCAACAAGACAACACAUAAGCCUGGCGGGGAGAGAAGGUCGAGAAGGCAGGAGUCCAGCAGGAUAAGAUCCCAGGCUGCCACCUCUGGAAAACACUCAGAGGGCUCCUCGGCUGUCAGGGAGACGGUCACCUGGGAGGCCGAGGUGGAGCUGGCCACGGAGACCGUGUACGUGAACGAGGCCUCGUGGAUGCGCUACGUCCCACCUGUCCCGGUCCACAGGGACUUUGGCUUCGGCUGGGCGCUGGUCAGCGACAUUCUGCUCUGUCUACCCCUGUCCAUCUUCAUCCAAAUUGUACAAGUCAGCUACAAGGUGGACAUGCUUGAGGAGUUCCUGAAUGACCCGCUGAAGAAGCACAUGCUGAUCCGCUUCCUCCCGCGGGCGCUCCGGCAGCAGCUGCUGUACAAGAGGCGUUACAUUUUCUCAGUGGUGGAGAGCCUUCAGAGGCUGUGCUACAUGGGGCUGCUGCAGUUCGGACCCACAGAGAAGUUCCAAGAUAAAGAUCAGGUCUUCAUCUUCUUGAAGAAGAACGCGGUGAUAGUUGACACCACCAUCUGCGACCCACAUUACAACCUGGCCCACAGCAGCCGGCCCUUUGAGAGGCGUCACUACGUCAUGAACACAAUGCAGGACGUGGAGAACUACUGGUUUGAUCUGCAGUGCGUCUGCCUCAAUACCCCACUAGGGGUAGUCCGCUACCCACGUGCAAUGAAGACCGGCAGCUCGGAACAGGGCAGCGACGAGGAGGGCACCUUGCAGAAGGAGCAGGAGAGCGCCAUCGACAAGCACAACCUGGAGCGCAAGUGUGCCCUGAUGGAGUAUACCACGGGGAGCCGCGUGGUCAUGGAUAAAGGCGUGAUUCCCGGGGAUGGACUGGGGGCCGCUGGCCUCGAUUCCAGUUUCUAUGCUCACCUCAAGCGCAACUGGAUCUGGACCAGUUACAUCAUCAACAAAGCCAAAAAGGAGAACAGCACCUCCGAGAGCGGGCUCACCGUGAGGCUACAGACGUUUCUGACCAAGCGCCUCUUGCCACCAAGGGCCCCAGGGGACAACAAGUUGAAUAUCUGGGGAGAAGCGAAGAAAGGCACAAAGCUGUGUGCCGACCGGGAAGAGCAUUUUGAGGUCGACUGGGAGCCCACGCAGGACAGAAACUGGAGAGUGAAGGGUGGCAAGAGCCAGAAGAGGAAACGGCUGAAGAUGGACCCUGGAAAGAAAAGCAGCAAAGAAGAGCCCCCUGAGGAGAAGAGCAAACGGCUGCGCUACCACGACGAGGCCGAUCAGAGCGCCCUGCAGAGGAUGACACAACUGCGCGUCACCUGGUCCAUGCAGGAAGACCGGCUCAUCAUGCUGUGCCGCAUAGCCAGCAACAUCCUCAACACCAAGGUGAACGGCCUGUUUGUCCCAUGGCAAGUUGUUCGUGACAUUCUGCACACUACCUUCGAAGAAUCCUUGGAUAAGACGUCUCACUCAGUUGGACGAAGAGCUCGCUAUAUUGUCAAAAAUCCACAAACCUAUCUGAACUACAGGGUUUGCCUCGCUGAAGUGUACCAGGAUAAAGCCCUUGUUGGAGAUUUCAUGAAUCGCAAGUGUGAUUAUGAAGACCCAAAGGUUUGUGCCACUGAGUUUAAGGAAUUUGUGGAGAAGCUAAAAGAGAAAUUCAGUUCCAACCUGAAGAACCCUGGCCUUGAGAUCCCAGACACACUGCAAGAGCUGUUUGCCAGGUACCGGGUUUUGGCCAUCGGUGAUGAGAGAGACCCAAGCCGGAAAGAGGACCAACUAAACAGCGUGGACGACAUCCACUUCCUGGUGCUGCAGAACUUGAUCCAGAGCACGCUGGCCCUCUCGGACAGCCAGAUGAAGUCCUGCCAGUCAUUUCAGACCUUCCGCCUCUACCAGGAGUACAAGGACCAGAUCCUUGUGAAGGCCUUCCUGGAGUGCCAGAAGAAGAGCUUGGUCAACCGGCGCCGUGUCAACCACUCCCACGGUCCAAAGAAAAACCGGGCCUUGCCCUUCGUGCCCAUGUCCUACCAGCUGUCUCAGACCUACUACAGGAUUUUCACGUGGCGGUUCCCAGCCACCAUCUGCUCAGAGUCGUUCCAAUUCUUGGACAAGAUGCGGGCUGCCGGCAAGGUGGACCAGCCUGACACUUUCUCCUUCAAAGACCAGGAGAGCACCGACUCCCCCGGCGACAUGGUGCCCUUCUCUUUGGACUGUCCCGGAGGAUACUGCGUGGGCGCCCUGACGCUCUUCUCUCUGGGCCUCGUUUCUGUGGACGUCAAGAUCCCCGAGCAGAUCGUGGUGGUGGACAGCUCCAUGGUGGAGAACGAGGUCAUGAAGAGCCUGGGAAAGGAAGCAAGCUCUGAUAAGGACGGGGGCUUAGAUGAUGAUGAGGACGAAGAGGAAGACCUGGAUGAAGGUGUGGGGGUCAAGCGUCGGAACUUUGAGGUGAAAGCCCGCCAGGCCUCCCACACCAACUACCUGCUGAUGCGAGGCUACUACGCACCCGGCAUCGUCAACACCCGCAACCUCAGCCCCAACGACAGCAUCGUGGUUAACUCCUGCCAGGUGAAGUUCCGGCUGCGCUGCACCCCUGUCCCCACCUGUCUGGGGCCCCCCGCCACUUCUCUGGAAGAACUUUCCAUGGGGGGCUCCUGCCUCCCCAGCACAUUCACCAGGCUCAUAGAACCACAGGAAAACGCCUGCAGCCUGGAAGAGUUUGCCCACCAGGUGGAGCUGUCCGGGUAUACGCCUGCAGAUGUGGCUGCCGCCUUGGAAAUCUGGGGAGCCGUCGCAGCGGCUGGCUGUUUUGGGGUUGACCGGCAAGAGUUGGGCCGACGGUUCUCUGCCUUGGAGAAGAUAGCUGGGGAGCGCACCAGGAUAUUCCCGGACUACGUGCAGGACCUCUUGGAGCAAAACCAGGUGCUAGAAGUCGGCGGCAACACUGUCCGCCUGGUGACCUUGGCCUCUGCCAAGCCCUGGCUGCUGCACUCAGUGCGGCCCAAAGGCCAGGAAGGGGACAGCGACGUCCCAAGAGAAGACGCUCAACCAAGGCCCCUGGAAGGGACUUCCAGCAAGGACAGUGCGCCCAUCAAGGAGGUGCCACCUUCCCAGGGCCCCCAGGGCCACAAGAGGCGUGCCAGCUGGAGCACUGAAAGUGCUAACCAGCCCCCUGUGAAGAAGCUCGCCCUCCAGGAUGCAAACUUGACCCCCGAUCCCAGGCCUGGGACUGAAGAGAAGACAAAAACCCAGGCCCCGGCUCCUGAGGACAAAGGGAGCUCCGCGGCCAGCAGCCAUUCACAGGCAGCCCGGGAAAGGGAAUGUGAGCACGUCUGCUUCGUGGGCCGCCCGUGGCGCGUGGUGGACGGCCACCUGAACACGCCCGUGUGCAAGGGCAUGCUGGAGGCCCUGCUGUACCACAUCAUGAGCAAGCCGGGCAUCCCCGAGAGCUGCCUGAUGCAGCACUACCAAGGCGUCCUGCAGCCCGUGGCCGUGCUUGAGCUGCUGCAGGGUCUGGAGUUCCUGGGCUGCAUCCGGAAGCGCUUUUUGCGGAAGCCCCCUGCUGUGUCCCUGUUCUCCAAGCCCAAGGUGGGAGAGGAGGUAUUCCCGGGGCCCUCCAGCCUGAGUGAGCGCCCCACAGUCUUCUACGAGCCCACACUGGAAUGCACCUUCCGGCUGGGCUGCGUGUUCCCCCCCGAAGUCAACUGGAACAAGUGGCUCCAUCUGUAGGGCAUCUGCAGGUUCCUCAAACUCCCAGCCCAGACUGCCAGCCCCAGCAGGAGCUUGGAAGACCCCACUGGCGCCCAGGACAUGACUUCAUGCCAAGCUUCCCACCCCAAGCUCUGGGAGAGGGGCCUGCAUCCCACCUGCUCCCUGGGGUCCCACUCCAUCACAUCCCAGGUCUGCUGCUGUCCCAGCAGAGCCCAGGCACCCCUGAUCCCACUGCCGUCUGCCCCUCCUCGUCCCUGUGCCCCAUGGCCAUUGCUGCCCCCAGCAGAGUGGGUGCAGAUGAAGAGGCUGCGGGUCUUGUGGUGACGUGAGAACUGUGAGGUGUGGGCAGUUGGGGCCCCGGGCCUUGCCCCAGUGUGUCCAGCUGACAUUCCAAACUUUGUCCCCAUGGCAGCCUCUGCCUUGUGCCUCAAGAGCCACCCAGAGGUUGGGACUGAACCCCCAAGGAGGUCCUUGGGGUCCCCAGGCAGCUGUGCCCCGCUCCUGUGGGCACCCCUCCCUCCUGGCUGGUCACCCACACGAGGGAUUCCUGUGGGCUUGGUUUUACCCUUUCUGGCCUCUUUUCUCGUUCAAAAGAGUAGUCCUCCUUGCAUGUGUGUAUUUAUUUUAUAAUUAAAGUGAAGUACAUUGAACUUCA